AUGGCUGUUUAUUAUAAAUUCAAAAGUGCUAAAGAUUAUGAUUCAGUUGGGAUCGACGGUCACUUUAUACCGGUGGGGCAGUUGAAAGAAAAAAUAUUUGAAUUAAAGCAUUUGGGCAGAGGUACAGAUUUUGACCUUGUUGUCACCAAUGCCCAGACUAAUGAAGAGUAUCUCGAUGAAGGAUUGUUAAUUCCCAAAAAUACUUCAGUUUUAAUAUGCCGGGUUCCUGGAUGUCCUCGCAAGCCCAUAGUUACUGCUCCUGUGACCGAGCAUAAAGAGCCUAAUAUCGAAACUAAUUAUAAUGGUGGUCAAGCUGUAAAAGGUGCUGUUGCUGGAGUUUAUCAGUCUGCCACGAAUGAUGUGAGCUUCAGUUUUGAUUCUGCACCUGUUAGCAAAGAUGAUGAGGAGAGCAAGAUUAAAGCUUUAAUUGACACUCCAGCCUUAGAUUGGCAGCGUCAACCUUCUGAUGGUUUUGAUCCUGGUAGGGGUUUGGGACGGGGCAUAGGUGGGAGAAUGAUGGGUGGACGUGGUUUCGGUCGAGGUGGAUUUGAGAAGAAGACACCACCACAAGGCUACAUAUGCCACAGGUGCAAGGUGCCUGGGCAUUUCAUUCAGCACUGUCCUACGAACGGUGAUCCUACCUUUGACAUCAAGAGGGUCAAACCUCCUACCGGAAUUCCAAAAUCAAUGGCUGCGUUCGAGAAAGAGAUUGAGAGAAUGCCAUCCACACGUUCUGUUGGCGAUCUCCCUCCCGAACUGCAUUGCCCGCUGUGUAAAGACGUCAUGAAGGAUGCUGUCCUUACAAGCAAGUGUUGUUUCACCAGCUUUUGUGAUAGAUGGCAUGAGGGGCGAGGCAUACGAGAUCACAUCAUAUCCAAAUCAAUGUGUGUGUGCGGGGCCAAAAACAUUCUCGCUGAUGAUCUGUUGCCUAACAAGACAUUAAGAGAUACUAUUAACCGGAUUCUAGAAUCCAAUAAUAACAGCGAUGAAAACGGCGGGAAUAUGGAAUCGCGCAAUCAAGCUAAGGUUCCAUCCCCUACACAGUCUGCCGCCUCAAAAGGUCAGCGGGUGCCUGAUCCAACCCAAAGGGUUGAGUCACUGAAAGUUGAAGACACUGUUGAAGAAAAUAAGUCUUCUAUUCUACCACUGGUACAGGAGAAAGGGAGAACUGUAGAAGUACCUGAUAUUUUAGGACCUCUACAUGACUCGAAAACUGUUAAGGAAGCAGCUCCACAGGGAAGUGUUCCUUUUUCUGGGGAAGCAGGAAAGAAAAAGAAAAAGAAGAAAAUCCAGAUGCCUCCUGGUGCUGCAGAGAUGCAAUGGAGAAACCCUCAAGACCUUGGACCCGAAAAUUGUAUGAUGCCACUAGGCCCUUCUGCUUUUAAUCCUUACUGGAACGGAGUUCAACCAGGAUUGGAUGGCUUCAUUCCUCCGUAUGGUGGGCCCAUGCCACCAUACAUGGGUUAUGGACUUAAUCCUAUGGAAGUUGCAUUUAUGGGUCCCGAUCCAUUUGGAGGGCCCUGUUUUAUGUUUCCUUAUGGCUCUCCUCAGCCUCAGAGGGACCUUGCAGAGUUGGCCAUGGGAUUUAAUUCUGGGCCACCAAUCAUGAGUCGAGAGGAUUCCCAACUACCGCCGGCCGACCGGAAGAAGAAGACGAGCGUCUUCUCCCACAUCAACUUCCCAGAAAAUGAGCCGCCUGUGGGCCCCACAGAGGCCGGAGAUAACGACAGCAGUGAUGACGAGAGGCAUUUCAAGAGGCGGCAGCGGCGGCCUGAAGAGGAGGAGCACCGUGAAGAGGAGGAGCACCGCCGCCAAUCGAGGGAUAGGGAGAGGGAACAUCAUAGCAAAAGCAUAGAUGAAAAUCCUUUGUUUUCAUUUAAAUUCUUCUAUAGUGAAAUUACA